AUGGGCUACAACGCGCCGUCGUACUACCAAUAUCAACACUACCCGCAAGCAUCAUAUGGCCACUACCAGCCGUACAUUCCACAACCUCAAGCCACGCAGCCUCAAAUCGUGGCGCCUGUCCAGCGACAACCUCUACAACAAUCCCAAUCCCAAUCGACCGCGAACACGAAUCAGCUCGAUACCGCCGAUGUCGCCACCCUGAAUGACGCCCUAGGGAGCGCCGGCGUCGAUCUCAGGGCCGAAGAAGAGACCCUGCAGAGAUCAUCCGACCUGCACCAGGCUUACCGCCCGUACGAAGACCGCUCGCACAAGCAGCCCGCCAAACCCAACUUCGACACGCGCUUCCUCGGGCCCACGAUGCGCACGAUCGGGGCCAAGCACAAAAUCACGAAGAUCCCAGACGACGCGGUCAACUACGUCGCGCUCGCGCUGCGCGCGCGGCUGCAGGGCCUGCUCGCCGCGAUGAUCGCCGCGUCCGCGCACCGCACGGACACGCAGUUCGACCGCCCCACGCCGUUCUACGACGACGGGACGACGCCGAUGUGGCGCGUCGAGGUGCGGCGCGACGUCGCGAAGCAGCUCGCCGCGCUCGAGCGCGCGGAGCGCGAAGAGGAGAUGCGCGUGCGCCGCGAGCGCAAGGAGCUCGCCGCGGCGCAGGCGGCCGCACUGGCGGCGCACGCGCCCGGCACGCCGAGCGGCGAGGUGGAGGACGCGGAGGGCCCGAAGAAGAAGAAAAAGAAGACGGACGGGCCGGGAGUGACGGCGAAAAACAUGUCGGAGGACGUGCGGAAGAAGAUGUCGAACGCGGUCGCGAGUCAGGCGGCGGGGCUCGGGACGGGGAAGUACGCGUGGAUGAACGCCGCGAACGCGACGCCCGCGCCCGCGAAACCGAAGCCUGCUGCUUCUGCGGCUGCCUCGCCCGCGACGACCACGGCGCCGGCUUCGGGUGCGGGUGGUGGUGGUGGUGGUGGUGGUGGUGGUGGUGGUGCGGGAGGGAGUGGAUCUGGUGGACCGGGAAGCAGCUCGUGGGCGCGACCGUAUGUGGUGACGAAUAAAUCGCAGAGUUCGGCGACGCAGGCGGAGGAGGAAUCCAAGCGAGCGGUGACCUUGCGAGACGCGAUGUUCGUGGUGGAGAAGGAGCGAGGACACGGUGGUGGCCGUGGCGCCGCGCGGGGGUGGGUCUGA